AUGACGACUCCCCCACGCCCCCUCGCCGAGCGCAUCCCCCCCGGCGCAUGGGACUCGCACAUGCACGUCCUCGACGUCGAAAACUACGCCCUCUCCCCCGCCGCCAUGUACCGCCCCAACUCGCACUCCCUUGAAGACGCCCUCUCUUUUGAAGCUCAAGUCGGCAUACGCAACAUCGUCCUCGUCCAACCCUCCAUCUACGGCCUCGACAACACAUGCCUCAUAGACACCCUGCGCGCUCUGGGCCCCGAGCGGGGGAGGGGCGUCGUCGCCUUCGACCCGCCCGCCAUGACCCCCGACACCCUGCGCGAGUGGCAUGACCUAGGCGUUAGGGCUGUGAGGUUGAACGUGCAAUCCAACGAGCUCACCGUCGAUGCGCAGGAGCUGGCUGAUCAGCUGCACGAGUACGCUGAUGUUGUGCGACCGUUUGGAUGGGCUGUUCAGGUCUAUGUUCCCAUGCACAUGAUUACUCUUCUGGAGCCCAUUGUCCCCUCCCUCAACAUCCGUUUUUGUAUAGACCAUAUUGGUUAUCCAUCUUUGAAAGGUCAUGAUAGCGCCGACCCAUAUGACCUGCCUGGAUUCGCAUCUCUAGCCCGUCUUCUCAAGAAUGGCCACACAUACGUUAAACUAUCAGCUCCUUAUCGCAUGAGUUUGCGACCAGACCAUAGCGACAUUGAGCCCAUCGCAAAGGAGGUCAUUCGCCUAGGAGGCACCAGUCGUGUAGUAUUUGCAACAGAUUGGCCUCAUACAAGGUACGAGGGGUUGGAUAUCAAGCCAUGGAUGGAGACAGUCCUCGACUGGUGCGGCGACGACGAGUACCUCAUCCAGAGGCUAUUUACUGGAAAUGCAGAGGACUUGUGGGAUGUUCCAAAAUCAUCAUGA